AUGUUAAGUUGCUUUAAUAAAAUUUUUCUUAAAAAUGUAAGAGAAUUUAAUAGGGGUUACUUACUGUUUAUAAUUGCAAAAAAAGAACAAUUUAGUUAUGUAAAAUCUACAAGCACAAAUUUUGAAAAAAUAAAUGAAGAAUAUACGAAUAUGCAACGUCUCAUUCCGUUAAAUGAAAAUGAGUUAUUAAAGAUAAGAAAUUUACUAAUUAAAAUAACAAAUGAAAAAUAUAUUUUUCACAAAAUUGUGCAUUCGUAUAAUAUUCCAUCAUUUUUUUUAUUAGAUAAUGAUGUCAGAAAUCAUUUUCUGAAAUAUCUUCGAGAAGAUUUAACUUAUACAUAUGAGCUAAGAGAAUUCAUUAUGAAUGAAUCAGGAAAUCAUAGGGAAAAUAUUGUUGACUUAAAAAAAAGAAAAGAAAAAGAAUUUCAAUUAAAAAAUAAAGAAGUAUAUGAUGCUAAAAAGGAAUUAGAAAAUGAAAUACAAUACAUGAAAGAUACAAAGUAUGAAAAAAUUAUAAAUAUUUUACAAAUUUUUAUAAAAAAACAUUAUUAUAGGCAAUGGAUAUUUUAUGAACAAAUAAAGAAAAUGUGUGAUUUUACAGAAAUGAGGGAAUUUAUAAAGAAUAGAAAUAAAACCAGGAAAUUAUAUUUAUAUGUAGGACCAACCAAUAGUGGAAAGACGUAUGAAGCAUUUGGAAAAUUAGCUGAAUCAAAGAAUGGAUUAUAUUGUGCUCCUUUAAGACUAUUAGCAUGGGAAAUACAUAACAAAUUAUUAAAAUUACAUAAAGUUACAAAUUUAUUAACAGGCCAAGAAGUAAUUAAAAAGAAUGAUAAUACACAUACUAUUUGUACAAUUGAAAUGACUCCAUUAAAUAAAAAUUACGAUUGUGCAAUUAUUGAUGAAAUUCAAAUGAUUAAUAAUAGUAUUAGGGGAUAUGCUUGGACAAAUGUACUCAUAAACUUAAAUUGUGAAGAAAUAUAUUUAUGUGGUAGUGAAAAUAUUAUAAAUUUAAUUAAGAAUUUAUCCGACAUUUUAAAUGAUCAAUUAAUCAUAAAGAGGUUCAAAAGAUUAUCAAAAUUGGAACUACAAGAAAAAACAGAAAAUUUGGAAAAUGUUAAAACUGGGGAUUGCGUAAUAACUUUUUCAAGAAGUAAUAUAAUGUUAUUAAAAAAGAAACUAGAAAAAUUAAACAAGAGAGUUUUUGUUAUAUAUGGAAAUUUGCCUCCUGAAUCAAAAAAAAAACAAAUAGAAUUAUUUAAUUAUUAUUGUCAAAUAAACAAAGAAAAUAACAAAUGUGAUCAUACUGAUUUGGAUGAUAAAAAAAAAAAAAAAGAUUAUAUGAGUGAUAAAAAUAAUGAAAAAGAAACAAUUUUAAUUGCUACUGACGUUAUAGGUAUGGGAUUAAAUAUUUGUAUAAAAAGAAUAAUAUUUUAUUCUUUGAAAAAAUAUGAUGGAGAUAUUUUGAGAUAUUUGUACAUUUCUGAAAUUUUGCAAAUAUCAGGAAGAGCUGGAAGAUAUCAAGAAAAUUGUAAAAAUGAUAUGAUUGGAUAUAUCACUUGUAUUCAUUCAGAUGAUUUAAAUAUUUUAAGAACUGUUUUUAAAAAUAAAAAUAUAAGUAGUUUAAUUGGUAAUGAUAUAGAAAAUUGCUUAUUAUAUAAUGAAGACAAUAAUAAUUCAAAUAGUUUGAAUAAUAAUACAGUGAACUUUUGUAACAAUACAAAUAGAUGUGAAGAAGGCAGUUUUAGUAUAAACAAUAGUAAUGUAAAUAGUGUAAAUUCUAGUGACAAUUUAUUAAAUAAUAAAAGAAAUUAUGAGAAUCUUGAAAUUUUUUUAAAAGAAAAUGAGUGCAAUUCAUAUGCUCGUGCAGGAUAUUUUCCUGAUUUUAAUACAAUUGAUAAUUUAGGAAAAAUAUUGGAAUUUGAACACAAUUCAAAAAUAAAAUUAUAUGAAACAUUACAAAUAUUAAUUGAUUACUUAAAAUUAAAUGAAAGAUAUUUUUUUUUAACUAAAAAUUACAACCAAAUGAUAUUUAUUGCUAAAUUUUUAGAUAGUAUUAACUUAGAUAAACAUAUAUUAUUCAUAUAUACAUUGUCACCAAUUAAUAUAAAUAAUGUAAUUAUUUUAAACAUUUUGAAAACAUUUUGUAUGUGCCAUAGCAUAUUAGGUUAUGUUGAUUUUUUUCAAUGUAUAAAUAAAAAUUUAUUACAUACUUUAAAUUUAAAAGACAAUUUAAAGAAUUUAUCUGAUAGUUUUGAACAUGAGGAAACAAAUUUUUUUUUUCAAAGUGAUAGAAUUAUUGAUAAUAAUUUUAAAACAUUGCCCAGUGAAUAUAGUGAAAAGCUAAAUGCUAAUAGUGUUAACGAUAAUCAUAUAUUUAAGAAUAGUAUUUUAUUAAAUACUUCAGAGGAAAAUAAAAUCAUAGCAAAAGAUUUACAAAAUGAAAAUAAUAGGAAUGAUAUAAGUUUUGAUGAAUACAUUCAAAUACUAGAAGUUUAUUAUGAAAUAAUUGAUUUAUAUUGCUGGUUAAAUACGAAAUUUCCUGAUAUAUAUAAAAAUAUAGAUUUAGUAAAUGACGAAAAAAAAAAAGUUUCUAGGGAAAUUAUUAAUAUGCUAACACAAUCAUUAAAAGAGGAUGAGACAUAUGUUGAUGAAAAUGCAUAUUUAAAAAAAUUAGAUACAUAUUUUUUAGGGUAUAAAAACCUUUAA